AUGUCUCCUUUUUGGAGCACAGCGGUGGGCCUGCUGCUGUCCGCUGGAGUUGUCUCUGGACACUCAGCAUCCAGGCUGGGUGCUAGUCCUAGCUACAAAGGUGGCAACAUUGUUUGUCCUGAGCGAUGCAUGAUCUCGGGUCCGAAUCCCUCUAACUGGUCCAGCUAUCACAGCAUGGACCAGCUGGCGAGGUGCAAGGAGACCAUGUUCUACAGCUUCAAUGUCUAUGACAACGUUGAUGAAACCGAUUCUCUUCACCGUAUUUUUGCCUGUACUGCUUACGGCAACGACUGGAACGACGAUGUCAAGGCUAAGAAUGCGGCCUCACGCCCUGCUAAAGAGCAUGAGGUCAACUACGAGAUUGGGUGGUCAUCUCACUCAAAGGGUAGCGAAUCAGGCUACCGUUCAUUGAUCAAACAGAUGAGUGACUACGUCGCCAACGGACAUGCCUCCUCUGGUAAGACUACCAUGCUCUAUGCAGAGUUUGGUGGCGUUACCGCCGGUCUUUAUAUCGGAAACAGCCUGCGUAGUGAGAAGAUCAGCUCCAUUGCUCUAGAAGCCCUCGUGGAAGAUACGCACAAGUUCGAUGGUGAACGAGACUCCUUGACUAUGCAGCUCUGCGGACCUGAAUACGACUCUCAACACGUUUUUGGCUUCAUGGCCACCAACGGCGGAACCUUCGAGGAAAUUCAAUCCGCCUUACAAUCCUGGUCUAGUGCCAAUUGCCUUGACUUCGAUAAGAGCACGAAUUUUACUGCAAGUGCUCACUUCACAGCGCCUAUGCUUUCUUCCAUCAAAGCUAGCAAUUCGACCACCAUCUCCGCCGGUGCCAGCAAGUCCACCCCGAUUCACAACUCCCAUAAGCGAGCCCAUCAUCCUCAUAUAAGAUCCGCCGAGAAUAUCCUGGUCUCUAGAGAUCAAUGCAAAACCCAAAAGGUUCAACAGGAUGAUAGCUGCGCUGCCUUGGCCAAGAAGUGUGGCAUCAGUGGUGCGGACUUCACAAAGUACAACUCGGCGAAAGGGUUCUGCUCCAGACUAAGCCCUGGCCAACAUGUCUGCUGCUCCUCUGGUAGCAUGCCCGACUUCCGUCCCAAACCUAAUAAGGACGGGUCUUGCGCUACCGCCACAGUUGCUGACGGCGAGAGUUGUUCCACCAUUGCCGCCGCCAAUAGUCUAACCAACGAGGAUAUCGAAAGCUUCAACAAAAAGACUUGGGGGUGGAAUGGGUGCAAGAAGAUCUUCAAAGAUGCUGUUAUCUGCAUUAGCAAGGGCUCACCGCCCAUGCCAGCCGAAGUGCCUGAUGCCGAGUGCGGUCCUCAGGUCCCUGGUACCAAGCCUCCCAAGGAUAUGAGCACGCUCGCCGAUCUGAAUCCGUGUCCAUUGAACGCGUGUUGCAACACGUUCGGUCAUUGCGGAACCAUAGACGAAUUCUGUACUGACACCAAUACCGGAGCACCCGGCACGGCCAAGCCAGGUACUAACGGCUGCAUCUCUAACUGUGGCACAAAAAUUGUUAAGGGAAAUGCUCCCUCCGAGUACCGCAGCAUCGGUUACUAUGAGGGCUAUCAAUUCAAUCGAGAUUGUCUCUUCCAGGACGCGCUACAGAUUGAUGGAAGUCAGUACACACAUCUGCAUUUCGGCUUUGGCGAUAUCUCCUCCGAUUAUAAAGUGAGCAUCGAUGAUAAAAUGAUGAAGUAUCAGUUCGAGAAUUUCAAGUAUGUCUACGGCCCGAAGAAGAUUCUUUCUUUUGGUGGCUGGGACUUCUCUACACAGCCAGCGACAUACCAGAUCCUUCGCCAAGGAACUACCGCAGCCAAUCGUAAGACACUCGCGACGAAUAUUGCCAAUUUUAUCAAGGAUAAUAACCUUGACGGCGUUGAUAUUGAUUGGGAAUACCCCGGUGCCACUGAUAUUCCAGAUGUCCCGGCUGGUGAUGAAAAUGAAGGCAACAAUUACCUGGCUUUUCUCGCACUAUUGAAGAAUCUCCUGCCAGGGAAGUCCGUCUCAAUUGCUGCACCCGCCUCUUACUGGUACCUCAAGGGCUUCCCCAUUGCCAAGAUCAGCAAAGUUGUCGAUUACAUUGUCUUUAUGACUUAUGAUUUGCACGGCCAGUGGGAUGCUGGGAACCCUAACGCUCAGCCCGGCUGCGAUGAUGGCAAGUGCCUACGCAGCCACGUCAAUCUGACUGAGACAAUGAACUCCCUUGCGAUGGUCACGAAGGCUGGUGCCGACUCGGGAAAGAUCGUCGUCGGUGUCAGCAGCUACGGAAGAUCCUUCAAGAUGGCUUCUGCAGGCUGCUACGGUCCUGAAUGCAAAUAUACCGGAGGAAGACUGGACUCGCAUGCGAAAAAGGGAAAAUGCACGAACACAGCUGGCUACAUUUCCAACGCGGAGAUCAACGACAUCGUUGCCGACUCAUCCCGCGUCAAUGAGCAUUUCAUUGAUAAAGAAACCAACAGCAACAUUUUGGUCUAUGAUGACACCGAAUAUGUGGCCUAUAUGAGCCCGUCUAUUCGUUCCCAACGCACCGCCAUGUUCAAGGCGCAAGGAAUGGGCGGCUCUGUCAACUGGGCUACUGACUUGGAGAAGUACAAUGACCCACCUUCCGGCGUUAAGAACUGGAAAAACUUGAGGCUCCAGGUCCGAUCGGGCAAUGACCCCGUGCGCGGCAGUGGUGAACGCCAUGGCAACUGGAGUACAUUGGACUGCGACAACGAGUACUACACAGAGUUCCCCUUCUACUCGCCAGAGGCUCGCUGGAACGGGCUUGGUUGCAAUGAUGCCUGGAGCGAUCUCGUUUCCGACUGGAAGACGUAUAGAGAUGGCGAAAUUGACCAGUCCCAAUAUACACCAUUCGUCCCCUACAUUUCGUAUCUCCUUGGUCUCGGCGGUAACCGGGACUGUGCCGACAUCGUCACCGGCAUUGGCUGCAGGGAACCUAAGACAUGCAAAGAUCUCUCCCUGAAUAAGGUUGGGCCUGCGGGCGCUCUGAUCUUUAACGCUUUUGUCAGAAUCAGUUCAGCAUACGCCAAGUACCACCAUUCUAUCGUCUCUGCCUCUGCUCUUCUCAUUGAUAACUCCCUUAAAGACCUCGAGAACAAAUUUGCUCCUGUGCCUCCCAAAAAGGACGACUCAUGGCUGAGCAUUCUGCUGGGCUUCGUAUCCAUGGGCACACCGAUGGUCGGUGGCAAGUUUUUCGCAGAUGUUCUGUCUAAGCUACCUGCGAUGGCUGGACGAUCUGAGGAGGCUCUAAAGAAAGGCGAGACCGCUUUCAAUACCAUUCUUUCUGGUGGUGUGAUGGUCGGUACCAACCUGAAGGGCUCUUCAAGUGUCGAUGAAUGGACAGACCAGGCUCAAGAUCAAUUCUCUAACUACCUAGGUCAGGCUCUCUACGUCUGGGACAAUGUCACCAGAGUGGAUCUGCGAAAUCUGUUCGACGGCAGUGACAAAUCCAUUGAGAGGCUCACCGAACUCAUGUCCGAAGGCAAGUUCAACUCCGGCAGCAACGUUAAGGACGGGAAAACAGGUGAGGGCACUAUGGGUGAAGAGCCAACGAAAUUGCAGCGUCAGUCAGUUGAAGAUAGCUUUGUCCGCGCCUUCUAUGGGUUCGCCAUUCCUGCCGUUUGGAAAGCUUCUGGUCACCACCCUUUCAUCAUUGACACCGGUCGGGAUUGUGGCGACAAGGGCGUGUCCAAGUACACCAAGGACCUCAAAUCAGCUUGUUAUGGGGGACGAUUGUAUCAGUUGGCGGAUCCCGAUGGCAAGUCGCACCCCUGUAACUCCAACUGCGGAUUUCCAGGGGGCUGCACGUGCCCCGACAGUCCAUUCUCAAACCUCAAAGGCGAGAAAGAACUGGAUGGUAAGAGCUGGGGCAAAAUCAAGGUGGAGGAUAUCAUCAUUGGAGCCGUCAAGACGUACAAACAAAAUGGAGAAGAAAAUGGCGGUGGCCUCGCAGACCCGUCGAACGAUGGCACUUUUGAUGCUCUCGUCAAUCAAGACAUCACAACGCCAGGAUACAUUCGCCUGCCAGUGUGCAGUGAGACCAUGGCCCGCAAGUCAUGGGAGAACGCGGACGACACCGAUGGCACAAGAGACAAGGAUAACUUCCCUUGCAACGUGGCCAACGGCAAAGACUUCUGCGGCGCCUCGACCUUUGUUGAUCAGACCAGUGGUGCGUCGCCACCGGUGGACGACUGCAAGCAGAUUAUCAAGGACAUCCAGGGCACUAGUAAAGCGUGGCACCCUUUCAUCGAGAGGCAGCGUGGAAUUGUGGACUCUGGGAACUGCGUCUUUGGUGUCACUGGAAAGGGUCGCAAAGGUAACUCUCAAUUUGACAUUGGCGCUCAGGAUGUCAUCGACAUUAUCAAUGAUUCCAUUCACAAGUUCGGUGGCAGCGGCAAAAUCGGCGCUAAAGGCACCAUGCAAUGCAAUGGAAACAUCAAGAAGCAAAAUGUGGAAUGGGGCAUCUACUCAAAAGCGGCAUGA